UGAGUUUGGAGAGGUGUGCAGUGGUCGCUUAAAACUUCCUUCAAAGAAAGAGAUUUCAGUGGCCAUCAAGACCCUGAAAGUGGGCUAUACAGAAAAGCAGAGGAGAGACUUCCUGGGAGAAGCAAGCAUUAUGGGACAGUUUGACCAUCCCAAUAUCAUUCGGCUGGAAGGAGUUGUUACUAAAAGUAAGCCAGUUAUGAUUGUCACAGAAUACAUGGAGAAUGGUUCCCUGGACAGUUUCUUACGUAAACACGAUGCCCAGUUUACAGUUAUCCAGCUGGUGGGGAUGCUUCGAGGGAUAGCAUCUGGCAUGAAGUAUCUGUCGGACAUGGGCUAUGUUCACCGAGACCUUGCUGCUCGGAACAUCUUGAUCAACAGUAAUUUGGUGUGUAAGGUUUCUGAUUUUGGACUUUCACGUGUUCUAGAGGAUGACCCAGAGGCUGCUUACACAACAAGAGGAGGAAAGAUCCCAAUCCGGUGGACAUCACCAGAAGCUAUAGCUUACCGCAAGUUCACAUCAGCCAGCGAUGUAUGGAGUUACGGGAUUGUUCUCUGGGAGGUGAUGUCUUAUGGAGAGAGACCAUACUGGGAAAUGUCCAAUCAGGAUGUAAUUAAAGCUGUGGAUGAGGGUUAUCGCCUGCCACCUCCCAUGGACUGUCCAGCUGCCUUGUAUCAGCUGAUGCUGGACUGCUGGCAGAAAGACAGAAACAACAGACCCAAGUUUGAGCAGAUUGUCAGCAUUCUGGACAAGCUUAUCCGAAAUCCUGGCAGCCUGAAGAUCAUCACCAGUGCAGCAGCAAGGCCAUCAAACCUUCUUUUGGACCAAAGCAAUGUCGACAUCACUACCUUCCGCACAAGUGACUGGCUUAAUGGUGUCCGGACAGCACGCUGCAAGGAAAUCUUCACGGGUGUGGAGUAUAGUUCCUGUGACACCAUAGCCAAGAUUUCCACAGAUGACAUGAAAAAGGUUGGUGUCACCGUGGUUGGACCACAGAAGAAGAUCAUCAGUAGUAUUAAAGCUGUAGAAACACAAUCAAAGAAUGGUCCAGUUCCAGUGUAAAGUACCACUUCUGGAAGGAAGUGGUUGCAGUGGAAGAUGGAGCAUCCCUCUGGAGACAGAUGAUAAUGCUGGCGAUACCGGUGGAAGUUGCAAGUCCAAUAAGACACUCAGAUAUGAGUACAAAUGCCUUAACGUGGAAUUGAAAAACUCUUUAUUUUCUCCUAUCAUUUAGUAGAUGGGUGGGUGGGUGUAUUUUGUUUUAUAAUUGCUUUUUUCAACAUUAGUUGAUGGAUUAAAUUAAAAUUCUUCAGCGCGAAAUGGUGAAGAGCUGUCAUAGAGCCAUUGAUCACAAACUAUCAUAAAAACAAAACAAGUGGAAUAACAAUAUGGACAUGGUGGCUUUGUUUACAAAUAGCCACAAAAGAUAAGACUUGUGAUAUUUUUAUACAAAGAAGAAAUCUGUAACAGGUAUUUUGUUUCUUUAAAGGCUGACAAAUGGUUUGUCAAACAAAAUAGAGGAAUUUAUACCUCAAACUAUCUGGCCAUAUUUACUACCUUGUCAUUGUAUUAUUCUCUUUUAUCUGUUUAAAACACAUAGAGAUGAAGUUUGUAGUUGUUUUAAGUAAUACAUUUUUUAAUUAUUAGCUUCCUUAAGUGUAUCAUGUAAAAAAAAGUCCUAAUUUUUGAAAAAAGUACAUAUUUAUUUUCUUUUGAUUUUUUUUUAUAUUUAUGCCUUGAUGAUUUAAUUUGGAUUUGUUAAAGCCAAGUGCCAAAUGCUCUCUCAAAUUGUCAGCAGCAGGAAGCAUGUUUAACUAGACACAGAGAACAAUGGGUUUCCUUCCAGAUUUUUUGAACCAUCCACUUAAAUGUAUUUUAAAAAAAUGAAAUCUUCUCCAUGUUCAUACACUAAUCAAAUCUCUCAUAGUCUGAAUUAUCCCAUCUAUUUUUGGCUCUCUGUUUAGUAUAAACUAUAUACUCCUGAUUCAAUGUAAUAUACUGGCUCGUAUGUAAUGGAUUUUCAUCCAAAUGACGUUUACCUUUCCUGCUCUGGUGCUUAGAGACCAUCAACCCCCUCCAUUGGUGAAGGAGCCAUGCUAGAGUUUCUGAGGAUAGCUAUAUUCGAAAGAUUUGGAAUCCUAUUUAAAUUGCUGCAUUAAUUGGCCACACAGCCUAUAGGCCAGUGCAUGAGUCAAAAAAUCACUCUCUCUGGGAGUCACUUAAUAUUUUUGCUUAAACUAGCUCAGCUGUUCAUAAGAAAUGAUUAUGACUAAACUACUCAUCUGCAUCACUGGGGUUUUGGUCAAUUAAUUAAAUAUUGUGAUGAUGUAUACCAGGUAUUAUUAUCUUUAAGAGUCUUCCACUUUAAUGCACCUGUUAUAAUUUUGGUAUUUAACUUAGAAGCAUAGAACUUCUUUGAAUUUACUAAACAUAUCACUUUUGAAAUAGCUAGUCAUCUAGUAAAUGCCUCAAAAUCUGUAGGCGGUGCAGAGAUGUCUCAUUGCAGGAACUAAGACUUACUUACUAUUACAUAAAGGCCAAUUAUGAGCAUGUUCAUCAGUAUUUGAAAGAAUGUACCUGAUGGAAAUCUAGCUACUAAUAUAUUCUGAAGCAACAUUUUAGCCCUAUCUAUACUCUUUCUAAUGCUGAUAUGAUUAUGUCAUGGGUAUAAGUAAUGUAUAUGUCACAAGAAUAGAAUGGAUCAAACAGUGCUGCAAAGUUGAUGUUCUUAUGCAAAAUGGAACACUGAUAAAAUACAGCUUACAAUCCCAGAUAAAAAUUCACAAGUGCUAUCUGUUGUAAGUUUAGGGUAAUAAAGCUUAGAUUGUGUUCUUUCAGAUAUGAAAUUGUUUCCCAAAUUUUGAUGAUAUUUCUUAGAGUUAAAUCAUGCUACUAGAAUUCUGUAUUGGAUAGUAUAAUAGCAUGAACUCUUUAAAAAGCUAUGAGUGAUUAUGAAAUUAAUCACAAAUUUUACUUAAGCCUGCUAGAAGUGGAUAGAAACAUUUUUUAAUCAAAUAACUUGUUUUGGAAUAUUAGAGUGAGAUUCAAAUCUGGCUUCAAUCUCAUUUUUUUUCCAGACUAACUCUUACAUUAGAUACUAUUCUGAGCAUACUCAACAAAAAUCUGUGCAUUUCAUAAACUAACAGAAGUUGAGGAUUGUUGACUCUAUUUCACUUAUUUUGGCCGUGGUUUCCAUGUGAAAGUAGAAGUUACAAACACAGUUUGUUGCUCUUCAUUUUUCUUGAUAUUUUUCUACCUGAUCUCUUCUAAAUUUACAUUACACAACUCUCACUCUGUACAUAUGUAAACAUAAGUGUACGAUUCUUAACUGUGGAGUAGAGGUACUAGAAUGCUUAUGGCCAUCUCUUUGUACAUGAAUUUCAUUGACUUUCAAUAAACAUGAAACCACAGCUCUUUUACAAUACUACGUACCAUAUUAUCUGUUUUGUAUGUUAAAUUUGAUUUACAUGUAUUAUUUAUUUUUGGUAACUCAGUUUAUGCUGUGCUAAGUAUCAAUUAAGCAAUGUAUAAAUGUUAUAUGAUUGGCAAUAUGUGUUUACUUUAAACUUAUCUUUUCAAAAUAUUACUCAUUUAGUUUAUGUUGUACAAUGUAGAUGGCCUCUUACUAAUGUAAAAUGAUUUGUAGUGGAAACAUUUAUAUUUUUAUAAUAAACAUAAUGAAAAUAUUUUUACAGAUUGGAA